CGCCCGGGCCCCCGCCCCCUGCCCCCGGCCCCCGGCCCCGCGGGGCCUCCCGCCCCCACCCAGGGGGCGUCGCCGCCGCCGUCGCCGCCGCGCUCCGCGGCCCGCCAGGCGCCCUCCUUCCCUCCCUCCCGCCGGCCGGGGUGCGCGGGCGGCGGGGCGGCCCGCGGGCCAUGCGUUCGGCGCGGCCCAGCCCGGCCGGCCGGGGGCGGCGCCCCGAGCCCGGGCCCCGCGCGGCCCGCGCCCCCGGCCCCCGCUGAGCCCCGGGGGCCCCGCCGUGGCCGAGGCCAUGUUCCCCGUGUUCCCUUGCACGCUGCUGGCCCCCCCCUUCCCCGUGCUGGGCCUGGACUCCCGGGGGGUGGGCGGCCUCAUGAACUCCUUCCCGCCACCUCAGGGUCACGCCCAGAACCCCCUGCAGGUCGGGGCUGAGCUCCAGUCCCGCUUCUUUGCCUCCCAGGGCUGCGCCCAGAGUCCAUUCCAGGCCGCGCCGGCGCCCCCACCCACGCCCCAGCCCCCGGCGGCCGAGCCCCUCCAGGUGGACUUGCUCCCGGUUCUCGCCGCCGCCCAGGAGUCGGCCGCCGCCGCGGCCGCCGCCGCAGCUGCCGCCGCCGCCGCCGCCGUCGCUGCUGCGCCCCCGGCCCCGGCCGCCGCCUCCACAGUGGACACAGCGGCUCUGAAGCAGCCGCCGGCGCCCCCGCCGCCGCCCCCGCCGGUGUCGGCGCCCGCUGCCGAGGCCGCGCCCCCUGUCUCUGCCGCCACCAUCGCCGCAGCCGCGGCCACCGCCGUCGUAGCCCCAACCUCGACGGUCGCCGUGGCCCCGGUCGCAUCUGCCUUGGAGAAGAAAACAAAGAGCAAGGGGCCCUACAUCUGCGCCCUGUGCGCCAAGGAGUUCAAGAACGGCUACAACCUCCGGAGGCACGAGGCCAUCCACACGGGAGCCAAGGCCGGCCGGGUCCCCUCGGGUGCUAUGAAGAUGCCCACCAUGGUGCCCCUGAGCCUCCUGAGCGUGCCCCAGCUGAGCGGAGCCGGCGGGGGAGGGGGAGAAGCGGGUGCGGGCGGCGGAGCGGCCGCCGUGGCCGCGGGUGGCGUGGUGACCACGACCGCCUCGGGAAAGCGCAUCCGGAAGAACCACGCCUGUGAGAUGUGCGGCAAGGCCUUCCGCGACGUCUACCACCUGAACCGACACAAGCUGUCGCACUCGGACGAGAAGCCCUACCAGUGCCCGGUGUGCCAGCAGCGCUUCAAGCGCAAGGACCGCAUGAGCUACCACGUGCGCUCACAUGACGGCGCUGUGCACAAGCCCUACAACUGCUCCCACUGUGGCAAGAGCUUCUCCCGGCCGGAUCACCUCAACAGUCACGUCAGACAAGUGCACUCAACAGAACGGCCCUUCAAAUGUGAGAAAUGUGAGGCAGCUUUUGCUACGAAGGAUCGACUGCGGGCGCACACAGUACGACACGAGGAGAAGGUGCCAUGUCAUGUGUGUGGCAAGAUGCUGAGCUCGGCUUAUAUUUCGGACCACAUGAAGGUGCACAGCCAGGGCCCUCACCAUGUCUGUGAGCUCUGCAACAAAGGUACCGGUGAGGUCUGUCCUAUGGCGGCGGCGGCGGCGGCAGCGGCAGCGGCGGCGGCGGCGGCAGCGGUGGCAGCUCCCCCGACAGCUGUGGGCUCCCUCUCGGGGGCCGAGGGGGUGCCCGUGAGCUCUCAGCCACUUCCCUCUCAGCCCUGGUGAGCUCUAGGUUGGUGGCGGGGAGAGCGGAAAGUGGAGGAAAGUCCCUUGGUACCGUCUCCUCUUCCCCUCUCUUCCCACCAACUCCUCACUACUUCCCCACCAACCAAGAAGCCUCCAGAAGGAAAGGAGGAAGAGAUGUUUCUUAGGGGAAUUCGCUAGGUUUUAACGAUUUGUUUCUCCUGCUCCUCUCUUCUCCCUGUCAGACCUGACCCCACACAAACACCUGUCCCCUCGGUUGUGUUGAAGCCCCCUGGACAGUGGGCAGGGGUGGCAGAGGACAGGAGUGGCCACUGCCCUCACCCCCUCUCCUCUCUGUAACCCCCUGCCCUGCCCUUCCAGGGAUCUGUGAGCCUUCUCCUUGAUGGUCCUUGCUCUCCUCCUUCCAUCUCCCCCCCACCCCCCACUACUGUCUGCUGCCCCUCCCUGGGGAGUUGGUGCUUUUUUUUUUUUUUUUUUUUUUUUUUCAGGGGGAGGGAGGAGAGGAAGGAGGGGAAUCAAAGAUUCUGUCCCGGAGGGGAAAAGGUGAGAUUGGAGAAGGGGCAGAAGCAGGGAAGGCAACGGUAGUACCUUCAUAAGGUGGGGUUGUUUAGGGUCAGGCCCUAAACAUUGUCCUACUUAGAAUCUGUCAGGGGAAAACACGUCAAGGGGAGCAAAAGAAGGAGCCACUAGGGCCAGAGGCAGGAUAAGAGAUGGAAUUUUAGGGUGCCAGGGUAAACGGGGGGAUCCAGGGACUAGAGGUGCUUCCUGGGGGUGGGGGGAAUGCAGUCACAGUGUCUCCCCCGUCCCUCUUCCACCCCAGCUCCAGCCCUGGCCUUUUCUUUUCAUCCCUCUCCCCCAAGACAGAAGCUGUGGCCCUGGCCAUGUCAUCGUGUUCCUGUGUCCCCUGCAUGUUCCCCACCCUUCAUCCCCUCCUUUUGCGCGGACCCCAUUACAAUAAAUUUUAAAUAAAAACCUG